AUGGGCACCCAGUACAUGAUGCAGGCCGGUCUGGCCUCCGGCAUGUCAGCCACCGAGGGUAUCAACUCGCCGCAUCCUAAGCCCGUUGACCCAAAUCUCAGCGACCCGCCUUACGUCCUCCCAGCUGACGUGAUCCCCAACUCGCGAAGUCGAAUUGCCCUCCACGGGUAUGGGGGCAAGGACGUCCCGAUUCCGUACCUGAGCAUUGGAACCUGGGCCUGGGGCGACAAGGCAACAUUCGACUACGAUGCUACGAUAGAUCUUCCUCGGAUCCACGUCGCAUGGGAGAAGCUGAAAUCAGUCGGGCUGACCUUUGUGGACACGGCGCAAUCCUACGGCAACGGCGAGAGCGAGCGGAUCUGCGGGACCCUCUUCAAGGGCAUGCCCCGAGAUUCAUUCGUCGUGCAGACCAAGUGGUUUUCGGGCGGCUUGUCCAAUACCUUGAUGCAGUCGCGCGGGCCAAAGGCCCGGCUCAAGGCAUCGCUCGGACGGCUGGGUCUGGGCUAUGUGGAUAUCUACCUGGUAGAUGGACCCACGCAUGGCAGCAUGAUCUCCACGGUCGCCCAAGGCCUCGCGGACUGCGUCGAAGCUGGCAUGACUCGUGCAGUCGGGGUUGCCAACUAUGACACGCAGGAGAUGAUCCAGAUGGCGGAUGAGCUGGCCGAGCUCAACGUGCCGCUCGCCGUCGCCCAGUGCGAGUACUCAGUCAUUCGGCGCUUGCCCGAGGUGAGCGGGAUGAUUCGCGAAUGCAAGAAGCGCAGCAUCUGCUUCCAGGGCUUUGCCUCGCUGGCGGAGGGCCGAUUGACGGGCAAAUACUCGUCUCUCAACGAGCCCCGGCGGACCUUGCGCUUCAGCAGUUACCCGAUGCAUAUGCUCGAGCCCACCAUCAAUGUGCUGAAGAGCAUUGCAGCGGAGCGUCGCGUGCCUGUUCCCGCGGUGGCGCUGAACUACUCGAUUAACAAGGGCGUUGUGCCUCUGGUCGGAGUACGCACCGUCGAACAGGCGGAGCAGAACAUGCAGGCGCUGGGCUGGCGGUUGACCGAAGACGAGAUCCACCGCAUUGAGAAAUUCAGCAUUCAGGGCAACACGUCUUCAUUGAUGCAGCAUGGGUGA